AGGCUCGCGUGCUUUGUUGAAAUAGCUGAGGACCUACAGGGAGCCUCGCAAAAGUGUAGACAAUCUGACUUUCCAACUGCACUAAUUUGAUAUCUACACACACGCUGAAGACGUCGACAUUAUGUUUGGUAUAGGCUCUGAAAGGCCAUACUUUGGCCUGACAGGGACAUGGCUCACUGUGUGGGUCACCGUAGCCUGUGCUACUGACAUGACACUCUUCGGCUACGACCAAGGUGUUUUCGGUGGUGUUGUCGUAACCCCAGACUUUCUCGACCAGCUCAAUCUGAAUAACAACCCAUCGCUCAUCAGCACCGUCACAGCUAUCUACGACAUUGGAUGUUUCUUCGGUGCGAUCUCAGUCUGCGCUAUCGGCGACCCACUCGGGCGAAAGAAAUGCGUGCUUCUAGGCACGACUAUCAUGAGCAUAGGCGCUAUCAUCCAGAUUGCCUCAUUCAAUGUACCCGAGAUGAUAGUUGGGAGAAUCAUCGCAGGCAUAGGUAACGGUAUCAAUACUUCGACGGCACCUGUCUGGCAAGGCGAGACAUCCAAAGCCAGCUGGCGCGGCAAACUGAUCGUCAUCGAGAUGAUCAUGAACAUUGCCGGAUUCUCCUUGUCUAACUGGGUCACAUAUGGAUUCUCGUUUGUGGGUGGAAGCGCUUCCUGGCGCGUUCCUCUAGCCUUUCAAUUCCUGUUCAUCUUCGUUCUCUUCUCGACUGUUCCGUGGCUGCCAGAGUCGCCAAGAUGGCUCAUGGCCAAGGGCCGUGUGGAAGAAGCCGAGCGGAUCCUUGCUGACCUUGAGGCCACCAAGGUCGAUGAUCCAUUCAUCAUCACCCAGUCAAAAGACAUCCAAUGGGCUGUGCAGUACGAGAAAGAUCAUGCCGUGCGCUGGCGCGAUCUGCUACGGGGCCGCGCCGGAGACCAAGGCGGCACGCACACGAUCAGACGAGUCGUUCUCGGCAUGGGCACCCAGGCCAUGCAACAGCUGUCGGGCAUCAAUGUCACAUCUUACUACCUACCAACCGUCCUGAUCGAAUCCGUCGGCCUGACCAACAACCUCGCCCGUCUGCUAGCAGCCUGCAACUCCGUCUCCUACCUCCUCUUCUCUCUCAUCGGGAUCCCGAACGUCGAACGCUGGGGCCGGCGCAAAAUGAUGAUGUACGCCGCUGCGGGUCAGUUCCUCUGCUACUGCAUAAUCACGCUGUGCAUCCGGUACAACGAAGACGAGCGACUGUCUCGCACAACGCAGGAGUCCUGGGCAAAAGGCUCCAUUGCAUUUUUCUUCCUGUACUACGUCUUCUUCGGCAUCGGCUGGCAGGGCGUGCCAUGGCUCUACCCCACAGAGAUAAACUCCAUGGCGAUGCGCACCAAAGGCGCCGCCCUGGGCACCGCAACAAACUGGAUCUUCAACUUUAUGGUCGUCGAGAUUACGCCCCCGGGCAUCCGCAGUCUACAAUGGCGUUUCUACAUAAUAUGGUGCGUCUUCAACUUCUCAUUCAUACCCAUCGGUAAGUCACCCACCCCCCCUUUCUAUCACUCCAGCCCCAUCUUGACGCGCAAAGUGUAUUUCUUCUACCCCGAGACCGCGGGACGGACGCUCGAAGACCUGGAUCGGUAUUUCGCGGGUGACGCGCCGCUGCUUGUGUUCAGGGACAAGGAGGUCGUUGCGUCGAAGCGGCCGGAGCGGUUUGUGCAGAGUGAGAAGGAUGAGAUGAGGCGGCAUAGCAGUGUGGUUGUGGGGGACGUCAGGGCGGCGAAUAUGGCGGUGCGGCGCAAGGGGAGCUCUGAGUGCGUCGAGUUCCGUGAUGAUGUGUAGACGCGCCAGGGCAUUCUGGCGGGGGCUGUGGGCCUGCCAUGGUUGUGAUUGUCUCGCGUGGUUGGGUAGAGAAAAAGGUGAUGUUGAGAGCGCGCGGUUUGGAUGUGGUGGUAGGUUGCCAUGUGUAACAAUAUUGGACACAUUGAGUUUUGACUGUGGGGAGUAGGUGCUGAGUGGUGGAUCGUGGGUCGACAAAGUAUCGCACAGAUGGUGCCAUACUGCGGGAAGGAUUCUGGCUCGAGAUCUGCUUCAACGGCUUGAGUUUCGACGUUUCCGAGACCACAACAGUGUGCACGCAUGAGCGAACACGCUUCUCCCGCCAGAAGCAAGUCGUAGCUCAAACUUGUUCAAACUUUGGCCACAAG